AUGAAGCGCAUAUCCAUAUCACGAUGCGCCUCACAAUGGCUGGCACAACCAUCGUCGCAUGGCCAGCCCGCGUGCCCACAUGCUGCGGCGAGGAACGUACGCCGAGGCCUCACAUGGUACAACCACCACAGGAUACACGCUCGGUUGCAGUCGACGGCAGCCGUGUCUAGUGAUAAUGCUCCCAUAGAUGCCCUCUCAGCGGUAUUCGAGCAGGUCAAGCCAGCGGCCAAGUCACGGUCCAGGUCCAAGCCUGCACCUGCACCCAAACUUCCACAACAUAUUGCCAACAAGCCCCUCGAACAGCUGCCAUCCCCGCAUCCAAAAGCCGCUGAAAGUUCGACAAAACUUCAUGCCCUGCGAAGUCGACUAUCCCUACCCCCACGCUUCCCCCUCCAAGUCCUCGCCCGCACACUGGUGCAUCCCUCCGCCGACCCAGAUCCCGCCUUCAACAACGCCUCGCUCUCGAUACUGGGACGCCAUUUGCUGGGCUACUAUACCUCGGAGUGGCUGUUAUGCAAUUACCCACGCCUACCAAUGUCGGUGCUGUUCGCUGCUGUGGAAGCAUACAUUGGACCCAAGGCAUUGGCUACCGUAGCCAGUGAGUGGGGUAUCGAGGCUGCGGCAGAGCCUGGUGGUGAAGUGGAACCAGGGCUGCUACAAUUCAAGAGAAUCAAGGCAGGCGAGCAACUUCCAGCAGUCUUGACACGGCAAGUACCAUGGAAGUGGAACGUCACCACCACGCACAAAAUCAUGAGGACGGACGAAUUUGGCUCGAAAAGUGCGCCAGUAGGCGCACAUACGCUACAAAAAACACCGGUCCCAAUGGAAGAAGCAGCACAGUCUUUUGUCCGAGCCUUGAUUGGCGCAUUGCACCUUCACCUUGGAUCUCCUCUCGUCAAGCGCUUCUUCCGCGACCACUUCCUCAGCCGACAUCUCGACAUCAGCCAGCUCUUCGACUUCCGCACGCCGACGCGCGACCUUUCCCGCUUAUGUGCGCGUGAGGGCCUCGAACCGCCCAUAGCCCGUCUGAUCUCAGAAACGGGACGACUGAGCGCCUACCCCGUAUUUGUGGCGGGCGUGUACAGCGGCAGAGACAAGCUGGGAGAAGGAUCGGGAAGCUCGUUGGACGAGGCGAGAGUGAGGGCGGCGGCGGCAGCACUCAAGGCCUGGUAUCUCUACAGGCCGGUCGAGGUCACAGUGCCCAGCAGCACAGAGGGCGAAGUGGACUCGAGCAAGUGGCGGCCCAACCAUGUCGAUUGUGGCGAGGUGAUUGUGUAA